AUGGCUUUCCUUCUGCUCAAGCGCCUCAGUCUACUCUUCGUCCUACUUGGACUGGCUCUGGCCGAUAAAGGCGUCGCCCCCCUCGAAGUGGUGGCGAUGUCUAUGCACAUCGACCACGGCGAACAGGUCGGCCGCUGGACAUAUCACGACAAUUCGACCUUCUCAGACAAUGCCACAGCGGCACCGCCGUCCUCUUCCCUCAACACGCUGCCUUCCAAAACGGACACACGCCUAUUCAAGACCGAGUUGACCAACCUGAUAAUGCAGGAGCCCGGCUUUGUACUCCUCAGUCUGUCCUUUGUGUUUAUCAGCUGGGGCAUGGUGUUUCUCUAA